CGGCAGGACUACAACUCCUGGUGUGCCUAGCGGCGGAUGGACUACAAGUCCCGGCAUGUUCCGCGGCGGCGGGACUUCAACUCUCCGGUGCCGCCAGAGCCCCGAGUCCCAGCGCGGAGCCCUCAGCCCUGGCCSAGCCGGUCCCGCCGAGCGCGGGCCGCAGCCCGCUCCACCAGCCGCCGCUGCGGGCCCUGCCCAGGAGGGUCUCGGGCGGUGGCCGGAGGAGCGGCACGGUCGGGUUCAGGCCACCGGUGAGUUGUGCASGGGCUCCCCGGAGCCGCCUCUGUCCUGUCCCCAGAUCCUGUCUCCAAGGUCCUUCCAGCCUAAUGGGACCAGCGAAGAAGCUCUGCAGUGUGAAAUCGAAGAGCUGAAACAGAAGAACCUUGCUCUAGACCAGGAAAUUGCACAAUUAUUGUCCGAGGGCUACAGCCUGGAGGAACUGGAGAAGCACAUCUCUCUGCUUCAUGAGUACAAUGAAAUCAAAGAUGCUGGACAGAUGCUGCUGGGCAAGUUGGCUGUUAUCCGAGGGGUCACCACAAAACAGCUCUAUCCUGAGUAUGACCUGGAGCUCAGUGAUUAGUCCURAACCUGGAGACUGCCAUGUCCUGCAGAAGUGACUGUCACUGGGCCAUUACAUGUUGGUGUCAUCCUGGCUGAGAAGAGACAGAAAGUCAAAAAGGAACCUUUGGAAAAGGGAUGUAGGAUUUUAGAUAAUUCUGUGUACUGCCUGAACAACAGGAUUUUUUUUUUCUGAAAGGCUGUAAUUCAGGUUGAUGUUGAGCCUCUUCCAUGGAGCCUUUGAUUCCCUGCAGUUCCCAGGGGCUGUUUGGUUACUGAAUGGAUAGAGGGAGGACAUACAAAUGUGCAAUGUAAUAGCUGCUUUGAAAGGAAAACCCUCAGAAGUAGGGAGGGAAGAAGGCUGAAAUUGUGGUGGUUUGGGGGGUUUUGUUUUAUCACCAAAUCCAGAGAAGUCUGGGUGUUCUGCAUUUUUGUCUUUACCUGCUCUGGUAUCUGGAGAUUYUGUAUCAUUUCUGUAGUAAACGGUAAAAUGUCAAGUUGUGUCCAAGUGUCUAUUCUGAAUAAAGCAGCCUUCACAUCUGUCAGUAA